UAAUUUAUCCGUUUUUAGUUGUAAUUAUUGUGGCACCUGUUUUAUAGCAGAACCAUUUGUCAGGAUGACGCACCAGUUUCCGGCGCUCUCUGAGGCACAGAAGAAGGACUUGCAUGACACUGCCCUGCACAUCGUCUCUCCAGGGAAGGGGAUCCUGGCUGCAGAUGAGUCUGUGGGGAGCAUGGCGAAGCGUCUGGCCCAGGUUGGAGUGGAGAACACUGAGGAGAACCGCAGACAGUACCGGCAGAUUCUCUUCAGUGCAGAUGAUCGUAUCAACAGCUGCAUCAGCGGCAUUAUCUUCUUCCAUGAGACGCUCUACCAGCACUCUGAUAAAGGCACACCCUUCGUCAAAAUGAUCAGGGACAGGGGCAUCCUGGUUGGGGUUAAGGUUGACAAAGGCGUGGUCCCCCUGCCAGGAACAUGUGGAGAAACCACCACACAAGGUCUGGAUGGUUUGGGGGAGCGCUGUGCACAGUACAAGAAGGAUGGAGCCAUCUUCGCCAAAUGGCGCUGCGUGCUGAAGAUAAGUGACAGCAAUCCAUCUGCACUGGCUAUCAAAGAAAAUGCAAAUGUUCUUGCACGUUACUCCAGCAUUUGCCAGCAGCACGGAAUUGUCCCCAUCAUAGAGCCUGAGGUUUUACCUGAUGGUGAUCAUGACCUAAAACGAUGCCAAUAUGUCACUGAAAAGGUCCUCGCUGCAGUAUACAAGGCUAUGUCAGAUCACCAUGUGUACCUAGAGGGUACUCUCCUCAAACCCAAUAUGGUCACUCCUGGACACAGCUGUUCCACCAAGUACAGUCCAGAGGAGGUUGCUAUGGCAACAGUUAACGCCCUGCGCCGCACUGUUCCGCCAGCGGUUACAGGAGUGGCUUUUCUCUCUGGUGGCCAGAGUGAAGAGGAGGCCUCUGUUCAUCUCAACGCCAUCAACAACUGUCCUCUAAGUAAACCAUGGAUCAUGUCGUUCUCCUUUGGCCGAGCCUUGCAGGCCUCUGCGCUCAGGGCCUGGCGAGGUCAUAAAGAGAACGAGAAAGUCGCCACUGAACAGUUCAUCAAGAGAGCAGAGGCGAACAGCCUGGCAUGUCAGGGGAAGUAUAAUGGCAGUGAUAACUCUGGCGAAACUGCCCAGCACAUCUACGGUUCCUGUCAUGCGUACUGAAUAGUAUGUGACGGCGCAUUACAGCCAACAAUAUAGUAGCACAAGACAAAUCACGUGGAAUUAUUGUGUACACAUUUAGCUUAUUUCAGUGUAAGAUCACUCACGAUGAAUGAACAUGAAAACAUUUAACAUGUUUUCUUGCCUUGACAAGUGAGGACAACCAGAACGCUGCCUUGGGUAUCUGUAGUGAAUGAAAGCUGUUUAACUUUUGUUAUGGAUCA